GGAGGAGAGGCAGGCAGGCAGGCAGGCAGUGAGCAAGUGAGGGGAUCAGUAGCGGAGAGAAGCAGAAGCAGAAGGGUGAGACAGGAAGACAGACACAGCCUACCUUCCUCACAGGAGCAAAGGAAAGAUUGGCUUUCAUUGUUGGGAGAGCUCCAAUGCCUGGUCCUACCCAAACCUUGUCCCCAAAUGGAGAAAACAACAACGACAUCAUCCAGGAUAACGGGACGAUCAUUCCUUUCAGGAAGCACACAGUGCGCGGGGAACGUUCUUACAGUUGGGGAAUGGCGGUCAAUGUGUAUUCUACCUCGAUAACCCAAGAGACUAUGAGCAGACAUGACAUCAUUGCAUGGGUGAAUGACAUAGUAUCUUUAAACUACACAAAAGUUGAACAGCUUUGUUCAGGAGCAGCCUAUUGCCAGUUCAUGGACAUGCUAUUCCCAGGCUGUAUUAGUUUGAAGAAAGUAAAAUUUCAAGCAAAAUUGGAGCAUGAAUACAUUCACAAUUUUAAACUUCUACAAGCAUCAUUUAAAAGAAUGAAUGUUGAUAAGGUCAUUCCAGUGGAGAAGCUAGUGAAAGGGCGCUUUCAGGACAACUUGGAUUUCAUCCAGUGGUUUAAGAAGUUCUAUGAUGCAAACUAUGAUGGGAAGGAGUAUGACCCUGUGGAGGCUCGACAAGGCCAGGAUGCAAUUCCCCCACCAGACCCCGGAGAACAGAUCUUCAAUUUGCCCAAGAAAUCGCACCAUGCAAACUCACCAACAGCAGGUGCUGCAAAAUCUAGUCCAGCUUCUAAACCGGGAUCUACCCCUUCUCGUCCCUCAUCUGCGAAAAGGACCCCGUCUAGCAGCAGCUCAGCCUCCAAAUCAGAGAAAGACUUAGAAACCCAGGUCAUACAGCUCAAUGAACAGGUACAUUCGUUAAAACUUGCACUUGAAGGCAUGGAGAAGGAAAGAGAUUUCUACUUUGGGAAAUUGAGAGAGAUUGAGCUAAUCUGCCAAGAACACGGGCAAGAAAAUGAUGAUCUCGUGCAGAGACUAAUGGAGGUUCUAUAUGCUUCAGAUGAACAGGAAAGCCACACAGAGGAACCGGAAGCAGAGGAGCAAGUCCAUGAGCAGCCUCAGCAGCAGGAAGAAUACUGACCCGUCUUCACAUCUCUUGACACUUUUCAUUUUGUUGUGGGAACUUUUCUUCUGGAGAAUUGGAACAUGUGUGGCCUCAAACACGAAAGAAACCCAUUGCUCUCCAUCUGCCAUUACCGUGGACGUGCUGCAGUGAGUGCCAGCCAAACCACUGCAAUCUCUGCUCGUUUCUUUGCCAAGAUGCAUUAGCAGAAGUCUCCUCUCUGGCUGUCCACCUGAGAGAUUAUAGGGUCACAUUCUUUCAACUUCACCACUUGGCUGCUUGAGAUGGGUUCUGUCUUUUUCUUUCAAAAAGAAUCCUCCCUCCCCCCCAACUUUUGUCUUAGUAUGAUACCGUUGUAAUUUGAUAUAUGGUAUUUAUAUUGGCAUCUUACAACAAAAUGUUACUAGAUGUCACACACAUUUGUGGUGCUUUGAUGUUUGCAAGUCUGUCUGCCUUUGAGCAUAAAUUUGGUCAAAUGAUGAAUUGGAACAAAGGGAAAACGAAGUACUCGAGAGUGAAGCCAUAAUGAUGAUGGCCUAUUUUCCUGGGUAAGGGAUGGGAAGGCUUGUGCCACUCCAAAUCACAUUCUCUCACUAUUCACAAAACUAAAGACAAAACAAUGGUUUCAGAGGACUGAGAGUCCCUUCAGUGUUUCACACAUCAGCAUGUUAGACAACCACACAGUAUGUUGUUAUUUUUGGAAGAUCUGAAUCCACUUAAGAAAAAAAAAAAAAGAAAGAAAGAAACAUCUCAAUUUUCCUUAUUUUUUCCCCCUCUACCCCAUCCCACAUCGUUACCCUGCCACCAGAGGUUUUCAUGGUCUUUUCUUUCUCAGGGUCCUAUUUGGUGGAUUAAUAGAUAGAUAGAUAGAUAGUUAUACAUACAUACUCCCCAAGAUGCUGCUCCUCAGUAUCUUCAGACCAAAAGGGUUCUGGGUAUGUAGGUCAGUCAGAGAGUGACCCUACUGCCUUCUGGCCCCUCCCUCCCUUUCCUUAUUGGUACCCUAGGGGAAAGAUAGUGUGGAUUUCAGUGCCUCUCUUCCAUCAUUUUAUCUAGUAGAAGAGAGAAACCUGGCUAUAGUCAACUGACUGCCAGCUAGCUCCAGAACUGAUGACUAUUCUUAAAUAAGAGUAAAUUCUUAUGAGAGAAUUACAAUAAGGAAUGGGUUGUGGCUAGUUGGGUUUUUCCCAUGUUCUCUGCACCCCCUGACAGGAAAUUUCACCUGAAAUUGAAGUGAUGCUCUGAUUAGUGGAAGCACAACCUCUAAAGCCCCUUCCAGCUCUAAAUCUAUGAUCCUAUCAUCUCCAAGGGAGGCAUUUCUGCAGUCUGGUGUAGACUCCGCUGCCUAAAUUGCUGGAGUCAUAUGGCCAAAAGAUCCGUGACUCCCAAUAGUAUUUGGAAUAUGGAUUUUUUUCCUCUUAAUAGGGCCCUUCUUGUUGUUGACCUUUGCUAAACAGUGACAAUUUAUAAACAAAUAUAGCAAAUAUUAAUGUAUUAAAAGCAUUCCUUAUUUUUUAACUAAAAUUUGCACAUUUUAUUAGUCUCUUUCCAAAUCUUCAUUGUCUUUUUUUUUCCAUUUGCAGUUGGUGUUCCUUCUUGUUGGUUCAUUUUGCUUGGUUUCCAAUUUUUGAUUUCUUUUCACUGGUUAUUUGAUUUAGCAGGUGCAACAAAAAAAGCAAGAAACAAGUACCCCUUUCCGCCCAACCCCACACUCCUCACUUAGCCAAACAGCUAAAAUAAACUUCUUGAAUGAUCUAUUUUAAAGUUUUGAAUUUAUUUACUAAUUGAUUCAACUCCAGUUCUAAAUUCACACUAGAGCUGAAGGUUUUUACCAAUAAAAAUCUUCUGCUCCAAAUAAUUAAUUUUUUUACAGCAAAGUGGUGUUUAUUGAGUUAAAUGUCCAGAAGGAUGUAUUUUGAGGUUUUGCCCUAUAUCCAGUAUAUACGAUUCAGUGCACUGUGGGAAAGAAUGGACAUAAAUUGUAUGGGUUUGUUUGGUUUUGUUUCCCUGUCUUCUCUCCAUUGCUUUCAGUGCCCAGCAUAGUAGCUCACCUCUCUAAGGCUAGAUAGGUUUUCUAGCCCAGCUCUCAGCAUUGACAUCCUCUCCCAACUGGUAACCAGUAGUGCUAGUGCUAUCAGUCUCACAUCUAACUUUGUUUGCUGCAUUUCUAAAGCUUUUGUUUAAUCAUUGGCUUUCCUUAACUUAAAAGACAGCUAUAUAAGCGCACAAGGAAGUAUGUGAAAGGAAAGUUCCUUUGGAGAGCCCAGUUCUCAGUCUUAUGGUCCAGGAUGGACUCCUUUUUUGUCAUCACAGACCACAAUGACUCUUAGUGGAAGCUCUGAGCAUGAGCUCCUGACAUCAGCAGCAACAUCGAUGCCAGGGCAGUCGCUCCUGGACUCCCCAAGUUCCCAGCUCCCUUUCUAGGGACCAGCUAGGCGGGGAAGUCUCUCUUCUAGAGCCCAUUAUAUGAAUUCCCUGAGUAAUUUCUGUAAGCUUUACUGAUGACAAUGCCUGAGAUUACUCUAUUACUGCCAUCUUCUCAGCAGAAAAAUACAGGUUAGGUACACUUUCCCAUCCUCCUUACUCCAACCACCAUAUUUGAGUCAUCUUUCCAAAAUUUCCACAACUUUGGUUAUUAGAUCAAAUCGUUCUUCAUUUAGGAAAGAACUACAAAAUCUUCCUCUUUUCCCAUUUCUUAACAACAUUAACUUGGGCUGCAUCUUGGGUGAAGCAGCCGCUUUAAAAGUUGCUGAUAUUUUCAUCCAGUUUCUCAGUCGAUCCCUUUCUGCAGGAGCUAUCUGAAUGAACUAUGGAGGAAACAGUUGGGUCCCUUUCCAGAUCCUUUCUCAUUGAACAGUGAAAGCUGUGUUUCUCACCUCGAGCAUCUUUAAAGCCUAUCUUCCUCCUUAGGCCACUGAUGGCAAUGACUGACCCCUCUGUCCAUGCAGUACCCCCUUGAUGAAUGCCUUUCCUUCUCCCAUUCACAUAAAUCCAUUCUCUGUCCACCCCUCACCCCCAAAAGCUGAUUAUAGCACUUUCACCACUCGUGUCAGGCAGGAAGUGAUUGACGUAGAGGGCAAGGGGGAAACCCAGUCUCUUUCUAAGCAGAAACAAACAAAAACACCCCAGGUGACCUGAGAGAAGUAAACUCCAGAAGGGAAACAAAGCCUCCUCUUCCCUCCCUGGUGAGUAUUCCUGUUAUUCCGUUAUGGUUUAAUAUGCAUUCGUAAUUACUUUUAAUAAAUAGUAUACCAUAAAGCUUUUGUUAUAGAUUAAAUGUAAACUGAAAGGAAUGUAAACAUAUGUAUUGUUAAUUAUAAAUAGAUAAGUAAUGGCAUAAUAGAUGAAAAAGGCUUAUUCAGAUGUAUCACACUCAUUUUACUUUACCCACCAACUGUCGCAUGGUAGAGUAGAUUUUUUUUGUCUCUGAAUAUGUGAAUAACUUGACUUGCGUUUACUUUUUACAUAUUUAAUAAAAAAAAGUAUGUUAAAAUCUUCA